AUGUUACACCGUGCCAUUGACCGAGUAGGAAUCCUUCCGUCGGAAGCAUACAGCAUUGGCGUGUUUUCUGCACUGAGUAAUCUCAUUAUUCCAUUUUUGUAUUGUUACAGUUUUGCUUCACCUAUGCCUGUAGGCCGUGACACACGCUUUAUUCCCCCGUCUUCGUUCCCAAAUGUUGGUAGCACGGACAACGUCGUUAUUCCGAGUCAAAUUAUGGACUUUCCUACGUCAGAAGUGUUGGUGGUAUCGCCUUCGGUGAACAUUUGCCUUGCCGCCGCCAUAUAUCUCUUUGCCAGAGAAUUCGUCAAUGUUACCGGCGUGGAUACCUCGACGAUCCCAGCAGACUUAACCCUGGACCAUGUCCUAGCAAACUAUGUCCAACACGUCCACGUCAUGUCUUGCAAUGGCCAGGACUUAACGGGUACAUUCCCUUUUAUUGGUGCUGAAGGUUGUGCGGCGCAUGUUAUAAAUGCUGCUUGGUUCGUACGAAUGCUCAUUUCCUUUGUCACUGUUAGCUUAGUUUUCGCACAGGCAUUUGUUCGCCGACAAAUAAGUCAAUUUGUCAAAACGGGGAUUAAAGUAGGGGUGUUUCUUCGGCUCUCGCUUCUUUGUGCGCCCUCUUUCCUUGGUUUGAAUUCCCUCCUCGAUAUUUUACGCGUACAACGACUGAAGUCUGAGUCACUAGCAACGCUCGGAAUGACUGCCAUGCACCCAUUACUAGCCCUUCUGAACUGGUCUCACACAGGUUACACUAAAGCAGAUGAUGCUGUUCAUCACACCUUCCCUCCUCAACUGUUAGACGACAUUCCUGUUCAUGAGGCUAUAGGAAGAAGUCACGAACAUUGGCAACCGUACUCGGAUUUCAUGGGCAAGCUUCUGAAAGAGCCUGCUGUACAUCCUUCGCCCCUGCCUGAUGUAAACUCUUUCCCUUUCCUUACUAUAUGGUCGGAUCCAUUGCUAUUGGGCCACCCUACUAUCCAUUUCUACGUUGGCGCUAACGGUUCACAGUCGCUAGUGCUCCGUCUCGCAGCGGCUGUAUUCCUGUUUACUCAGGAAAACAUAUAUCCCCUUGUUGCUAAAGAUGCACCAUCUUCGCUUAGUAACACGUCUUUCAACCAUCAUCUAGCAAACUACAUGUUGGCUAUCAACGUCACCCAGCAUGGCGAAACUUACAUGAUGGGCACGUUCACGUGCACGGACAACUUUAGGACACGAAGCGCCGAAGUCUUCGAACGCUGUAGGUCGGAGGGUAGUACAAUGGCGUUCCAAUACAAAGGGUGCAGUGUUGUUUCUAACACCGUGUUCGCGCAUGGCAUUUGUACUGGAAUAGAAGCCUAUGUACAAGCUACAGUACACGCUGCAUGGCUUCAUUUCGUAGCCAAUGGUACUCAAGGGAAGUAG